UGGAUGUAUGGUCUCAGUCGUGGGAGUGGAUGUAUGGUCUCAGGUGUGGGAGUGGAUUUAUGGUCUCAGGUGUUGGGAGUGGAUGUAUGGUCUAAGGUGUUGGGAGUGGAUGUAUGGGCUCUGGUGUGGGAGUGGAUGUAUGGUCUCAGGUGUCGGGAGUGGAUGUUUGGUCUCAGGUGUGGGAGUGGAUGUGUGGUCUCAGGUGUUGGGAGUGGAUGUAUGGUCUCAGGUAUCAGGAGUGGAUGUUUGGUCUCAGGUGUGGGAGUGGAUGUGUGGUCUCAGGUGUGGGAGUGGAUGUAUGGUCUCAGGUGUGGGAGUGGAUGUAUGGUCUCAGGUGUUGGAAGUGGAUGUAUGGUCUCGGGUGUUGGGAGUGGAUGUAUGGUCUCAGGUGUGGGAGUGGAUGUAUGGUCUCGGAUGUUGGGAGUGGAUUGGAUGUAUGGUAUCAGGUGUGGGAGUGGAUGUAUGGUCUCAUGUGUUGGGAGUGGAUGUAUGGUCUCAGGUGAUGGAGUGGAUGUAUGGGCUCUGGU